UUCUCACCAACUCGGUCAAAUACCCUCGUAUCCCUUCUUAAAAGAAAAAGGGUCCCGAGUCAAUUGCACCUUCUUCUCUCCACCACCUUCCAUUUAUAUUCCCUUCUUUCUCUCCCUUGUCCCCCCAAUUCCUUUUCUUGCUUCCAUUCCAUUCUCCACAAAUCUCUCUCUCCCAAAUUAAAAACCAACAACAACAACAACCACCAUGGGCAGAUCUCCUUGUUGUGAGAAAGAGCACACCAACAAAGGAGCAUGGACCAAAGAAGAAGAUGAGCGCCUUAUCAACUACAUCAAACUUCAUGGUGAAGGCUGUUGGAGAUCUCUUCCCAAAGCUGCUGGUUUGCUUAGAUGUGGCAAGAGCUGUAGACUGAGGUGGAUAAACUACCUUAGGCCUGAUCUCAAGAGAGGAAACUUCACUGAAGAAGAAGAUGAACUCAUCAUCAACCUUCACAGCUUACUUGGAAACAAAUGGUCUCUUAUUGCCGCACGCUUACCAGGAAGAACUGAUAAUGAGAUAAAGAACUAUUGGAACACACACAUCAAGAGAAAGCUUUACAGCCGUGGAAUUGAUCCUCAAACUCACCGUUCACUCAAUGCUACCACCACCAACACCACCAUUAACACUACAACUACCACCAUCAACACUAGCAACAACAAAGCAAACUGUACCAACAACAAUAGCAAUAGUAAGAGUAGUAAUUCUCUCUUUGAAGUGCAAAAUUAUGUGACACCAUUGAUGCAAGUGCCUGAGCUCAAGAAUAAUAUUGCGACAACAACCAAUAUUGGCUCCAACAUCAACGUGAAGGUUGCAACAGAGUCUGCUGAAGAGUCAAAUAGUAGCAGUGGGGUGACCACAGAGGAAGUUUUUCCUGAACUCAACCUUGAACUCUCCAUUGGACUGCCCUAUCAGUCUCAAAUCUCUUCUGUCAACAUAAACGAGUUGAAGCAACAACAACAGGUUUCGUACCAGUGGUAUGGGAAUGUUAAUCAAAGUGGUGUAUGUUUGUGUUGCCAUUUAGGGUUUCAGGAUGGCCAAGCAUGUAGCUGCAGCAAAGCCAUGGGAACAGCCUUAACAGCUGACAAUCUCUACAGAUACAAUAGACCCGUGAACUCUUCUUGAAGUUUACAAGUUAGAACUAGUCUCACUUUCUCUACCUAUGCUCACAUGUAAUCUUAUGGUGGUAAAGAAACAUCUCAAAUAGUUGUUAGAUUUUGUUUUACCCUUCUUUUUGUGGGUUUUGGGGGGUGGAGAAGAGAACAAAAUAGCUGUAAGAUAUAAAAAAACUUCUCAAAAAAUUUCUAAUCCUUUUUCUUCCGA